UCCCCGGCGGCGAUGCCCCCCUUCCCUCCCCCGCGCCCAGACUGACAGCCGGGCGGGCGGAGGGUCGGCCCGGCACCGGCCCUGGCCGAGCGCUGCUUCGCGGGGCUGAGCCUCCUCUUCGGCGCAACGGCCGUCCCCGCUAAUGCGGGGCACGUAUCCCAUUAAAGACCGGCACCGGUCCCGCAUCCCAGCAGAAAUUUACUGCCCGAAAAGCCGCUCGUGUCGGUCCUCCGGAGGUUCGCCCCGGCACCCCGUCUCCUCCAGGCAGCGGGUCGCUCGGUCGCGAAAGUUUUUCUUCUCCUUCCCGUGGUCGCCGCCGUGUGCCGGGCCCGGCAGCCGCUCCUCUGCUUGCGGGCUCGGGGGUCUCCUGGGGAGAGGGGUCGUGUUGUGCCCGGAGCGAUCGCAUCUCUGCAAAACUGUCAGAGAAAAAGUAUACUGUGCAUGCGUGGAAGGCUUAUUAACGGGAGCAGUGAUGCUAACGGCAUUUUGCUGUUUUCGUUUUCUACCUGGAAAGGGAGAGGGAAAAGUACUUUUGCCACAUAGAUGCAGUAGUGUGAGCGAUACUUUUCUGGCUGAGAAGCUUGAAGACAAACCGAAUACUCCAUAGUUAGUACGUGAAGCCUGAGUAACACAUAAGUUGUUCCGUGCUGAUUCAAGAUGGUUGCAUGCACUGUAUCUACUUUUUCACAAAUCGUAACAGGUUAAAAGAGAUAGAGGCUUUUCACAGACCAGUGAAUCUACUAACGAACGCCCCGUUAUGGAGCCGUUAGAAUUUGCCUUCUAUUACUUUAAGAUUUGCUGCUUGGCUUGAUGAGCAGGACGCUGCGCAGUGGCGCAGGUUGAGAAACGCUUUUGUCAUGAUGUCCCAGGCCACCAACCGGCCUGAGCCUGUGUCCGGCCGCCGAGCAGGGCGACGGUGUGACAAAGCAGGGCCGGGCUGCGGCGGGCUCGCUGCGGGCCUUGCGCCGCUUCACUGCGACAGCCCCUCGGGAAAGGCGCUGCCUGAGGCUUCGCCUUUACCAGUUUGUCAACAAAACCCAGCAAUGUGACUAACGGAGGACUUUAUUCCAAUCCUCUCACUUGUAUUUUCAAAAUACAUACAUACAUGUAUAUAAAUAUAUAUACGCGUGUGCGCUUUAUCUGUACGACAAACUUAGAGUAUGACUUAUUUUAAGUUAGGAAUUGCGUUAUCUUAUUUAUAAAUAUGUAUGAAACUAGACUUUAACACUUUCUGUGGAAUGUGGCCCAUAUAUAUAUUGAUGCCUGGUUUUCUUCUUGUAUAUUUGCUUUUCAAUCGUGUUUUUGUAACUUAAUCAUGAAAACGUUAGCGGUUCUUGUUACCGACGUUUUUGUUCCUAAUUGGAAAUACAGACUUGGAAGUUUGCAUUGAAACUGAAACAUUAAUGGUUGUUACCUUAGCUUGCUGGGCUCCCACAGGGCUACAUAUGAAUUAUUGUGCAGCAGAAGGUAAUUUACACUGACUUAAAAUCAGUCUUAAACUGUAGUCUCUAAAGAUGGCCAUUUUUUUACGUUUCAAGACUUUAGGCGGAUGUAUAUUGCAAGUCAGAUGGGCAAAGCUGUCAAGACGGCUUCACGAUUCUAUUUUUAUAAUAACACGGCGCAUGUUACAUACAAAGGCGUCACAUUUUUGCUGGUCACGGCUGCUAGCAAAUUAUAUGUAUAUGUAGGAAAACUUGAAAUUAGUUUCCUUUUGAGCCUAUCUUUACUGGAAGGAGAGAGGUGCCAUGUUUUAACCAUUCUUUAUCAGGGUAAUGUGGCGCAGAAUGGCAAAUGUCGAAUGUCUCCAUCUAAGCUUCUGUAACUUGAUCGUUUGGUUUUGUAACUGUGCGGCACAAUUUGAUGUGUGUCUCUUUGUUUACCUGAUAAUUAAUACACUUCCACCUUGAAUUUAAUUUGAACCGUGGGCAAAUUAUGUUCUGCUUUACUGGUAAUAAUGUGGUAUUUUAUUAUCUGAAUUGGAUAUUCAGUAAUUGUUAGAAACGGAGAUGUUAGGGAAUAUCUUAAAUUGCUCUUCUGAAUAUAUUUCUAAUAUGUUAGAACAGGUAUUAUGAUGGGGAAAAUAGGAUGGGAAGGAAAGCAGUGAUUCUUCUACAAAACAAAGUCAUGGUCUCAUUACUAGGAAGGAAAACAUUGACCUUUUUUCCCAAGCAUUUUGAUUUUUUUUUUACUUUUUUUGGCCGUGUUUUUGCUUUGUGAGCCGCAGUGAACAAGCGUGCAGUUGCAGGAUGCUAAUUCAGAGCAGUGUAGGCCAGAAUAUUGUGUGGCGUUUAACUGUUUCAACACUUCUAUUUUUCAUUAUACCAUUGAAACUUUAAAAGCUCUCUGUAUUCCUUCUUUCUUCCCUCAGUGCUUUUGUUACAAAUAUUUGCACAUAUUAGGUGAGGACCAAUAUAAUUUUGAAAAAUGACUUCCUACACGGGCAGCUGGUAAACGUCCACUGUGAACACUGAGCAUUGAACAAGUAUAAAAAUUUGGUGAAACUGGAGAUCUGAAAUGUUUUUGGUAGCAGCUACAUGGGCUGCACUCAUUCACUGCAGGUAGCAUGUACUGUACUGUUUAAAUGUCUAUCUGCUUUAACAUUUAUAAUGUAAUUUUAGUAUUAAAAUACAAAUGAAUACCUAGUUUGAAAUUCCUUGCUAUUAGUUCCAAAAUACAAGAAGAUACCAAUUGAAAUACACUGCGUACAUGUUGUAUUUUUCACCCCGAGUGACAACGUCAUUUCUGUUGAUAAUAAAGGUCCAAUCAUAAGAUUUACAGAGCAGUUAAAGCUUUCUAUCUAUGCAAGUUGUUGUGAUGUUGGGUGGGAAAAAUACUUGUUAUUUUCCGAAAGGACAAGCCUUAUUGCAGUCACAGCCCUCAGGUUGCAAAGCUGAGAAUGAAAAGUGGACAGGGAAGGCAAACUUGAAUUUACACCCUACAAGGAUGACUUACAAAAAUAUCCAUUUGCGUAUGUAAUAAAGCAGAAGACUGAGAAGAGGGAGAAAAACAUUUGUAAUGGUGUUGUUUGGUGUUUGUAACUGGCUUCUACUGCGGUUUUGUGGAAGGAGUGGAAAUGUGGGGUAGGGUCUGCAGUAUCAGCAAGUGAGACACGUGUGGGAAAUCUCUGAGAAGAUCUCAAAUACCUGUUCUGCACAGAAAGGUUUGAAUGUGUGGUUGGAACUGCUGGUUUGUUUUUUCCCCUCUCGUGCUGCCAAGCUCCUGGAGAAGAGUCCAUUCUCCGUUGGUGCCCCAAGCCCCCUGCUCCCCUCGCCGGCCAGCCUGCAGCUGGCACAGCUCCAGGCGCAGCUCACGCUCCACAGGCUGAAGUUGGCUCAGACUGCCGUCACCAACAACCCGGCUGCCGCCACCGUCCUCAACCAGGUGCUCUCCAAAGUGGCCAUGUCCCAGCCACUCUUCAACCAGCUGAGGCACCCCACUGUGAUGAACACCCCGCAGGGACACGCUGCGGGGCCGCAGCAGGGGCCCGGCAUGGCUGGCGCGACGUUCCCCUCCGGCGGCAUCGCUUUUCCUGCACAAAACCCAGCCUUAGCUGCGCCAGGGGGCGGCCUGGGGCCUGUCCAGGCCCAGACCCCCAACGCCAUUGUCAUGAGUCCCUUUGGCGGUGUCAUGGCUCCCACCUCCAGCCAGCAACUGGUGGUGGGCCUCAACAAGGCAGGCACUUCCGCCUCCGCAGGGGGGUUUUACGAGUACAACAAGCAGAACGCUGCCAACACCGCCCCUCAGGUGUACGCCUCGGAGGGGGACCAGCCCGGCCAGCACGGCUUCCUCACUGGUGGGGCCCACGCGGGCUCCUCGGCAGCAGGGCCACGCUAUGAGGGUCCCUUUGGGGCUUCCACCCAGCUGCAGCAUGAGGCGGCGGCCGCCUUUCCCAAGGAGGCCUACGGGGCAGCGCGGGCCUUCCCCAGCGACCCGAACACGGGCUCCCAUCCGAAAGGAGAUCCUGGCCCUGUCUUGCAUGCCAGCGGUGCAAGCAACCAGUGGGAAAAUAUCCCUAAUUUUGCCAGCCAAAACAAGCCUGACCUCGUGCCCGGUGACAGCCUGUGGCCGUCAGCGAGUCAGCAGCAGUAUGAAAUAAGAAACGAGCUCUACAACCCCGAAGAGCCGACACCUGACACAAAGUUCAGCGCGGCCGCCCCCCCCGCCUUCGGCCGCCUCAACCACAGCCAGCAGAGCUUCGGCAGCCCUCGCAUGAGGCAGAAGGAGGAGCGGGGCGGCGGCGUGCCCGACCUGCCUGCCCGCUCCCUGCCGCCACACCAGCUGGGUGACCUCCGCGGCGUGGCCCCCCUCCACUUCCCCCACGUCUGCACCCUAUGCGACAAGAAGAUCUUCGACCUGAAGGACUGGGAUCAGCACAUUAAGGGAAGUCUUCACAUCCAAAAAUGUAUGGCUCUUUCAGAUAACACUGGUAUCCGGUGUGUAUUAAGCUCAGCAGAUGGAACGUUGCAUUUAUCACCAAAUAAUGCAGCAGUUUUCAAUCCAUCUAGUAUUGAAGAUUAUCCACCAAAUGUUGGCUCAUCUUUCAUCACUACGUCAGCAAGAUCCUUUGGCCAGCCGGGUCCUACAUUUUCUUCUCCUCUGUCAGGGUUUCCCCAGAGGAAAUCUACACUGGGUCGAGUUGUACACAUCUGCAACCUCCCCGAGGGAAGCUGCACAGAGAAUGAUGUCAUUAACCUGGGCCUCCCGUUUGGGAAGGUCACCAACUACAUCCUCAUGAAAUCCACUAAUCAGGCCUUUCUGGAAAUGGCUUACAGUGAAGCAGCACAAGCCAUGGUGCAGUACUACAAAGAAAAACCUGCAAUGAUAAAUGAUGACAAGCUCCUUAUUAGGAUGUCUAAAAGAUACAAGGAAUUGCAGCUGAAGAAACCAGGUAAGAACGUGGCUGCUAUCAUCCAGGACAUCCACUCGCAGAGGGAGAGGGACCUGCUGCGUGAAGUGGACAGCAGGUACGGCACGGAGAGACCCCGCUCCCGCAGCCCCAUAAGCCGCUCCCUGUCGCCCCGAUCCCACACUCCCAGCUUUACUUCCUGCAGUUCACCCCACAGCCCGAUGGGGACCAGCAGGACCGACUGGGGAAAUGGGAGAGAGUCGUGGGAUCAGUCCCCAUAUUCUCGACGGGAAGAAGAAAGAGAUGGCAGAGAAUGGCGAGAAAAUGGGGAUGAGAAGAGGGACAGGACUGACACGUGGAUACAUGAGCGGAAACAUUAUUCCCGACAGCUGGACAAGUUUGAUUUGGAUGAACGGCUUGAAGGAGGCAGAGGGCACAGAGAAAAAUAUUUAAGGAGCAGUUCCCCUGGCUCCCUUCACCCUUUAUCUGGCUACAAGAGCAGGGAAGAUGACUAUUACCGAAAAAGCUCUAAGUCAAAAUCUGACAAGUUUCAGAGGCAGCUGCAGGAUUUACCUGGGAGAUCUAAGAGAAAGGAAGAGGCAAAGUUAAGGGAACGCAGGCAUUCUUACAGCGAGGACACUGCCAGGGAGGAGGCAGCUGAACAGAAGCAUAGCAAAGCAUCCGAGGGCUCCAGGCAAAAACAAAGCGAUAAGAAUAAGGUGAAGAAAGCUGAAAAAGACCAAGAGGAAGAUGCUGCUGCUGAAGGCAGUGAUGUGAAGGAAACCAAACCUCCCGAGAAUGAGCUUGCAAAAGAGGAGCAAGUUCCAGAGAAGAGCUCACCUUCAGCUAAUAAACAAGGAAAAGAAUCUGGAGAGAUUCUGGAAAACACAAGAAAAGAGAAGGACCGAGACUGGGAGAGUGGAAGUGAGAUAGAAGGUGAGACCUGGUAUCCUGCUAACAUGGAAGAAUUAGUGACAGUAGAUGAAGUGGGAGAAGAUGAUUUAAUUAUGGAGCCUGAUAUAACUGAGCUUGAAGAAAUAGUACCAGUUGAUCAAAAAAAUAAAACUGCUUCAGAAAUGUGUGCCUGUAUGUCAACCAUGUUAGAACUGAAAAACGAUCACAGCCACUUAACCAGGAGUGAAGACAAAUUUACCCAUAAACCUUUAGAAACAAACCUCAGAUCAGCAAAGGGCAGUGUAGCUUCUAGCGGCUGUCAGGAUGAUGAUGAGGAUGAUGAUAAUGAUGAUGCUGUAACUGAAGCAUCAAGCCUAAAUCUGGACCCUGAGCAGAAGCCAGAGGAAUUGCAAGAAGACCAAUCUGCUAAGGAGUCUGAUCCCCAGCAGAAGGAAGGAAAAAUUGAUAAGAGUUCUGACACUCGUUCAGAGCCCGAAGAUCACCAUAUACCUUCUGUUCAUCUGAAAGAAGAGACACUCCAGCUCCCUGAUACAUUUAUAGAUGAUUACAAACAGAUGGGAUCACAAGGAGCUGAGAGCAGAGAAGUUAUGGAAAUGCUUGUUAAAAACGCUAGUGAAGAAACAAGACACGGAAGCCAAGAGUGUCCGGAGGCCAAGGCAAAUUCUAGGUACCUGGAAAUGCGAUCUCUGGAAUACCCGGAGGUAGAAUCUAAAGGAAGGCACUCACCACCAGGCUGGGAACAAGAGGACGUCUUCACCGAACUCAGCAUUCCCCUGGGUGUGGAAUUUGUGGUCCCUAGAACUGGAUUUUACUGCAAGCUCUGUGGACUCUUCUACACAAAUGAAGAGACAGCAAAGACAAGUCACUGCAGAAGUACUGUUCACUACAAAAAUCUUCAGAAGUAUCUAUCCCAGCUUGCAGAAGAGAGUCUGAAAAUGAAGGAAGAAGGCAGCCCUCUGCCGCAGGACGACACUGGCAUUGUUCCUCACUUCGCAAAGAAAAAACUAUGAUGCAGAUGAACUGGAGGAGCUACAAGGAGUGAAUGCUGAUACCUUAUUUUUUUUUUUUUUAUUUCUAUGAUAUAACUGUCAAUUUGCACUGUACAGAGGAGGGGAAAUAAAGAGCAUGUUCCAUGCAUCUAUGCCCAGAGUGCCAUUAAAAACCAAAAUGCCUGAAACUGUUUCCCACGGUGAAGCAAUGCUGGCAUAUCUGUAAGAAGUGGAGCAAUUCUUUCUCACACUCUGCAUGCUGGGAGUGGUUCCUAGAUUAAAUCAGAAUUCUCAGGGAUUCCUAAAGUUUUAAUUCUGAUGUGACACAUCAGGUCGGGCAGAGUAUUUAGAAGCACUCAGCAUCCUCCAGUGGACGCUGGAAGGAAAGGAGAUGUGACUAUAAAUAGGCUUUAAUAUUGCUUUAAAUAUCUUCAGCCAUUUUGCUCAUUGCCCCAGUGAGAAGUAGGAUUUGCAUCAGACAUCUAAAGCCACUGUGCUAAAACUAGUCAGUAGAUGGCAUGAUACAAACCCCAGCAGCAUCCACCUCCAUGUGUCCUAGAGCUUGGUGAAAUGAUAAGUGUUUGUGUUGUUAAGCACUGACUGUGUUGUACGAACGCAGAGGGAGCCACAGUCUGUCCCAGGGACCUUAUAGCCUGAAUCCAGCACAGCGAGAGCAAUUCAGACAUGUGCUGACAGACAGCCAACCUGCUCUGGUUUUCAGCAUUUUCCAUGGUGUGAUCAGGAUGUUCUCCAGGUACCGUUGUGUUUGAAGCUCUUCUUUUUGAUAAUUUUAAAGGGUGCCAACUUUGAGUCUUACAGACUUGAAACUCUCAUGAGAGACUUUUUAAAGUGCCAUGGACCAUGUCUCUUUUGGACGUUUUCUUCAAGAUCUUUGCUUUUAGGGUCUUUUUGUUUUCCUUCAAGCUUGCUUUUCCUCAGCUUGGCAAUGUUGAAUUUUCCUGGUUUUCAUGGAAAGAUGCCAGACUUUUAAUAUUGUUCUUGUAUUUUAUUUCCCUGAAUUUUUUAGGGCAAAUACAACAACUGAUGGCUCACAGACUGCUGCACUGAGAACACAGGAUGCACCAGCAGCUCUGGCAUUAUUAUGAGCUAUUGUUUCUGCAGAGUUGUUGCUCAGUAUUUUGCAGAGUCCCUUUGAAAUGCACGGCACAAGUUUCUGGUUUAUUUCAAUAGGGCUUUGUGCAGUAAAGUGAAUACAUAGUCAAACCGUUGCCAGGAUUGAUCCUGGAGUUAUGCUUUUAUAAAUACCCCAUGCAAUCUAGAUAGAUGAGGAUUUGCAGAUGUAUUUCCAUUUUUAUCUGACUCUAAUAUUCAUCACAGUAUUUUCUGUAAAAAUUGCUGGUGCUGGAUGUCCUGUUUAGAUUUGUGCAGAGGAAAUAGUUUCCCAGAAGGUUCUAGCCAUGCCUAAGAAUGACAUGGAUGUAGCAAAAUAUUGCAGAGUGACUAAACUGCCAAAACUCUUUCCACCAAAGUAUUUGUUCCAUUAUGCUUGUGCCAGCAGCAAUGCUUGUUCUCUGAAGUACCCUGUAGCCAGAGGUGCCUGGUGUUGUUGCCUGAAGCCCUUGUUCCUUUUCAUGGCCUGUGCUUUCCACUCAUUUUUUACCAGAGGUGCGUUCGGACUUCAUAUUUGGAAUUCUAGCUUCUCACAAGUUGACCGAUUCAUUGCAUCCCAGAUUCAGACAUGGCCUAUCCAAAAGACAAGGGGAAAUGAAAAACAUUACAGCCGAAAUCCUCCUUUGUCCAGACUUGAAGUAUGUUAAUAAUUGGGUCCAUCUGUCAUUUAAAACAGCUUUUGUUGUUGUUGUUUUUCCCUAUGGAAAAAAAAUAACAAUAUUGCAAACCAGGUAUUUUUCCUUCAAGGUUUGGGGUUUUCUUUGACUGUUUGUUUUUCACAUUGCACUGAAAUUUGAGCACAGGGCUCUUCUGGCAAGAGCUUGUAUUGCAAGCUGUAAAAAUAUGAAAAUGGCAGUAAAGAUUGUGAAAUUGUCUUCUAAAGCACAGCUCUUAAGCUGGUAAUGUAUCAUCUGAAUAUGAAGUUCCCUUCAUGCCCUUCAGCACAAUCCGAGCACAAGGGAAGGAAAUCACUACAAAUGCAAGCAUCAAAUCUUUGAUGCUAACCCUGCUAUCAAACUGGGGCUCUCACCGGCCUAAUGGGAGCUUGUUAAACCAUGUGGUUAAGCUUAAUUGGAUGUGAGACAUAGCUGACUGUAUAUCAAAGUCAUAUGCCUCCAGCAAACUCUAUCCCCAGAUAACCUCAAAUGAGAAAAGUAUCACUGUUAUUAUUCUUUAUUUGUAUUGCAGUAGAAGCUACAGGUCCACUGUCUUUAUUAUAGGCAUGGCACAAAUCCACAACAAAGACUUUCCCAGGCCAAAGAGCUUUAAAUCAGACUUUCCAAAAACAGACAACAGGUGGAUACAGGCAGGCAGGGAAAUCAGUAGGUAACCAUGAGAUUUUGACUGGCAGCAGAAGAAUAAUUAAAAUGAGUGUUUACCCAGGGGCCUAUUUUUGGAUUUACGGGAGGUGAUUCAAACUACUUUCUACCUUCUCUGGUUCUGAACCAGGUUCACUCCCAUUAUACACAGCUUGCAUAUUUAACCUCCUUUUUUUUUUUUCCUGGCCAGUUGCAUUAGACAUGCAAAAUCCCUUAUUGAGAGAGUGGGCCUUGGCAUCCUUCAGUCCCCGAUCGCUUAAGUUCCAGUCUCCAUCCAGGGCUCCAAAAGCUGGAGUCCUGUCUUAGGCUCACCAGGAACUGCCCUGGCUCCAGGUACCUUGUUUGGGUCACAGGGACAGGCCGUUGCUUGCCACGGAGGAAGGAGGAGGCUCCAGAUGGCAUCUCUGCCCUGUGAGUUUCCUCUUCUGGAGGGUGAUGACUCAGGUGAGUGAUGCAGGUGCAGUGCCCAGCCCCACAGACGUGAUCAGACCCAGACAUUUGGAGAGGUGGUUUGGACACCCCAUCCCUUUGGGCUCUGUCCUGACAAAACAGCAAUCUGCAAAAUCCUGGGUACGGCCAAACACGCAAUUCCCCUUUUGAGAAGGUCUUUUCUUCCUGUAAGGCUCAACAUUUGAAAGCUGUUAAAUGCAAUCCCAAGUCUCAACUAGCUCCUGACAAUCCCUGUGAUCAGUUUUCAGCCUGAUGCACUUUGAGAACGCAGAGAUAAUCUCCUUCCCUCUCCAACAGCCCAUCAUGCAAUGCUGACCGGCACUCAACUCCUCAACUUCUCUCUACUACCUAUUCUGCUGAGGAAGAAGGCCACUCUAGGCAGCCGCUUACCUUUCUCAGCUUGUGUAAAAAUGUGUUCUUUCUUUUGGUUUAUUAUAUUUAAAAUCUUGACUUCUUUUUUAGCUGGCAUAAUUCAUCAUCACUAUAACCCACGCUGUUUAUUAAUACAUAUAUAUAUAUAGCACAAAGCAGGCUCAGGUCUAGCCAAACAAAUAUUGAUAUUUAAAAGGAGCUUCCUUAAUAUAUUCAAACCAUUUCAACACAUCUCAACCAAAGAUUGCACUUUUUGAAUAGGGACUAUGUUUUUCAUCUUUGUGAGAUCUGUAUUGAUCUCAAAUAGUCUUUAAUGUCAAUUUGAAACUUACUUGCUUUAAAGUAAAAAACAAAAAAAUUAAACAUUUGCCCCAUAAGGUGAGACAAAGUUUCAUAUUGGCUUAAACACUAAAUUAGUGUUAGGCUGGUUAUAUUCAGGGUUUUUCUAUUCUCUAAGGAUUAAGGCUGUGAUUUGUUGAAUUAUACUUGAACUGGACCAGAUGUACUAUUUAUUGAGCUUAUAUAUUCUUGUUAAUUUAAGUUUUGGCUUGUAAACAAAUUGAAUUUGUUAGUACUUGUUUAAUUAUGUAGGAACUGUCACCAAUAUUAACUGAUCUGUGUAACUGAUUGCAAAGUGUUUCAAUUUGUGUUUCUUAAAAGGAAAUAUUUUAAUAAAGAGAAUCAUAAAGCA